AUGAGCGAUCUUGGCUUGCUGCAACAUUUUCUUGGUAUUGAGGUUUACCAAGAUGAAUAUGCAGUUUUUAUUUGUCGAAAGAGAUAUGCUGAAAGUAUUUUGAAAAAGUUUGGAAUGAAUGGCUGCAAACCUGUUGAUAUUCCUUUAGUGGUUAAUGAAAAAUUAAAGAAGGAAUAUGGUGGAAGAUUAGUAGAUGCAAGCAUGUAUAUAAGUUUGGUUGGAAGCUUGUUUUAUCUAACAGCUACACGACCCGACUUAAUGUUCGCUGCUAGUUUACUCUCAAGGUUCAUGAGUAAACAAAGUCAUUUACAUCUUGGAGCAGCAAAAAGAGUUAUAAGCGUGGGUUAUGGAGUAAUUUCUUGUUGUUCGAAAAAACAAGACACUGUAGCGCAAUCUUCAGCUGAAGAAGAUUAUUUGGCAGCUGGUUUGGCUACACAAUAA